AUGGCAGAAGACAAGAAAAAAUUGCUCGAGCUUCCGCGGUCGAAUGCGACCAACGGACCGCUGAAUCUGAAGAUUGCCCAGGCGCGGGCGGUGGAGUACUACCCAGGCUACGAGGUGUCGGAGCGGAUUCUGUAUACAAUGAUUGAUCUGCGGGAGGUGAUCACGCCUCUGAGCGAGAUCGUAGCCGAGGUGCCGCGGCAGGUGCACAUCGUUGGCUCGAAGCAACUGUACCGGCAGAUCAAGGACACAGUGUGCAGCGGGCACAACGUGAUGAUGAACGGACACUACCUGUUUGAGGGCGUGCGUGUCGUGCUGGAUGAUCGGAUACAGGGUCUUGUGCUGAACAACACCGGGCGCGUGCACCAGGCCGGCUCGCGGCUGGCGGAGCGGUUGAAGACUGCGAUUCUGGCGAACGCAAACGCAGCGGCGCAGCAUGACUUGCAGUACAGGGUCUACACCGGCAGUCCGAUCGUGUACUCGAUCAAGCACGGCGACGGCAACGAGUGGAUCCGGCCAGACCAGGUGCUCGGGCUCGUGGACGACAUGCUGAGUGUUUCGCGGCCGGUCUGGGCGGCGAUCUUGCUGGUGGGUUAUUCGGAUGAUGGGGAUCAGCUGCGGGAGAGCGCGAGAGCGUUUUUGAUUCCGCCGCAGGACGAGGAACCGGAGCGGGUCGAUAUGGUGAUCUUGGUGGACGUGCCGUAUCAUCAAGAGUACGAGACGCUGGAUGAUCUGCCCGAGUACGUGGAUGUGAGCUACUACAUGCGCAACAGCGAGUGCACGACGAUCGAGAAGGUCUACCAGGCGCGGGUGUCGAAGCUCGAUCCGGUGAUUGCGUUUGAUCUAGCAUACAUGGGCAUCAACACGACAGAGACGACGGUCGACGACGCGCUGCGACAGCUCGAGUCUGAGGCCGACGAGCCAGGGCGGUCGAUCAGGAUGUCGCCGGAAGAGGAAAAGUACCCUGGAGAGUGGAUGAUCAGACAUAGCACGUCUGCGCGGGUGACGGUCGAUCGAACGCUGGUGAACUCGUGGCUCGAGGACGUGUUUGAGGAGCGCAGGGUUGAGGCGAGUGUAUUCUAUGAGGAGCAGCGCAUGGCGAACCGGUCUUGCACUAUUGUGUAG